UUGCCAAUAAUGAGGUUGCUGAUCGCCUUUGCGGCUGUGCUGGCCGUUGCUUCGGCACAGACAGCAGCUGACAGAUUCCCAGAUGACUUCAUGUUUGGAGCUGCGACAGCCGCGUAUCAGAUCGAAGGAGCCUGGAAUGAAGAUGGGAAGGGAGAGAGCAUUCAAGACUACCUUUUCCACAACCACCCGGAAUAUACAACAGGAGACACUGGGGACGUCGCUUGCGAUUCUUACCACAAGUACAAGGAGGACGUGCAGAUGCUGAAGGCCAUCAAUGCGAACGUAUACCGAUUUUCGAUUUCUUGGUCACGAGUAUUGCCUACCGGGGACGUUGACAUUAUCAACCAGCCUGGUAUCGACUAUUACAACAACCUCAUCAACGAGCUACUCGCCAACGGAAUUCAGCCUAUGGUAACAAUGUACCACUGGGACCUGCCUCAAGCACUGCAGUACAUCGGAGGCUGGCCCAACGAGUUGCUGGCAGACUACUUCGUUGAAUACGCCAGGGUACUGUUUGAAAACUUCGGAGAUCGGGUGAAAUGGUGGGUUACAUUCAACGAGCCAGCUACCUUCGUGCAUGGCAACACAGAUGUGAGGAUGGCCCCGUCACAACCCGCCAAAGGCAUCGGCGACUACCUGGCGGCACACACCAUCAUCAAAGCCCACGCGCGCGUCUGGCACCUCUACGAUGAGCAGUUCAGAGCCUCUCAGAAUGGUAGCGUGGGAAUUACACUCAAUAUGAAUGGGCUUGAGCCAAUGACGAACUCGACAGAGGAUAUAGAGGCUAGUGAAAGAGCACGACAGUUUCAGCUGGGUCUCUACGGACACCCUAUCUACACUCAGACUGGUGAUUAUCCGGCAGUGGUGCGACAGCAAGUGGAUGGCAACAGUGAGGCUGAAGGACGACCGCGAUCAAGGCUGCCAACCUUCACACAGGAAGAGGUCGAGUACAUUAGGGGAUCAGCAGACUUCUUUUCGAUAAACCACUACUCAACGACUUUCGUGACACCAGGAAUCACAGGCGAUUCACCUUCCAAAAAACGUGACAUGGCUGUAAUUACAACGUCUGGUGAGCAUCUUCCUUGGGGGUUUCGGAGUCAGCUGAACUGGAUCGCCAACGAAUACCCAGGAUAUCCAAUAAUUAUAACAGAGAACGGUCUCUACAAUUCCGGAGGACGAAACGACACAGACCGCAUCGAAUACUUUAAUGGAUACCUCGGAGCUGUGCUGGAGGCGAUAAACAUCGACGGUGUUCCGAUUAUCGGAUACACGGCUUAUGGUCUCAUGGACAACCUGGAAUUUAACUCGGGAUUCACACUUAAGUCUGGGCUGUACGAGGUGGAUUUCAGCAGUCCAAACAGAACGAGGACGCCGAAGGCAUCGGCCUUCUUCAUGGCAGAAGUCUUUAGCAGCAAGCAAUUGCCCAGCUACUACAACGAGUAAGACGUUCCGUGUUAACCACAGAAGACAUUAAUGAGGAUGUCAACACAGUGUUUAAUAUGAUCUAUUGCCGAAUACAGUACAGUUAGAUGAAGGAAUAAUUGUAUUGUCUGCAACUACUGAAUAUAGAUAUUUUUCAACCA